AUGUCUUCCAAAGAAGCCACAUUUACGUCCUUUACGCCUGAGCAGGCCGCCGCAUAUGCAGCUGCUCGCGGCAAAGGAUAUCCACAGGCGCUGUAUGAAGGUAUCUUGAAGUAUCACACUGGGCAACUGGACAAGUUGCUGGAUGUCGGAUCGGGUCCCGGGACGGCAGUGUUCGAUCUUCUCCCGCAUUUCGCGAAAGGGUUUGGCUGCGAUGCUGGGGUUGAAAUGAUUGCGCAGGCCAAAAUUGUUGCAAGCCGACUAGGCGUUGACGGCCGGACGGAGUUUGCAGUCUGCGAGGCUGAGAAGUGUGAUCAGGCAUUUCCAGGAGAGAAGGUGGACUUGGUGACUGUGGGUAUGGCUGCCCAUUGGUUCGACAUGUCUAAGUUCUACGAAGCCGUGGGCAAGGUCCUCAAACCUGGCGGUACGCUCGCAAUGUGGACAUGUAGCUCACUCUACGUCCAUCCGUCUGUGCCAAAUUACCAAGACAUCCAGGAGAUCCUUUCUGAUCUCGAGGACAAAAUGCUGGGACCAUACGCCACACCUGGUAACAUGUUGUCGAGAAAUGCGUACGAGGAACUACCUCUACCAUGGGAAAUCCAAGGUGCAGAAUGCAAGUUCGAAAAGGAUUCUUUCCAGCAUCAAGACGGGGACCGUGGUGGAGUUCCAUCGUCUUCACCAGCACCAGGCAAGUCCUUCAGUCCGUUCGUGCUCAACCAGAAGUUGCAGACUCUUGAGAACCUCGUUGCGGCAUUGGGUUCUACUAGUAUGGUCAUCAGAUGGCGACAGGCAAACUCCGCGAAGGCACACACGGAAGACGACCCAAUCAACAUCACCGUCGCCCGGCUGAAGAAGGCAUUGCACGGACAGGAGGUCCUCGUGAGAAGCCCGAGUUUGACACUGCUCUUGACGCGGCGCUCUUGA